CGGUAGCCUACAUCUGACUUCAGAGACGUGUUUCCAGUGAGCGACUAAGCACUGAAGUUAGUUGUUCAUAUUUUUUCCGAUUCGGCCUUGUGACAUGCCGGUGUUUGUGGAGGAUCCUGCUCACUUCUCCAAAUCUCGACUCAAGUCAGAUUUAAUUGCCCACAAUGUUGCGCUGCCACCCUCCAAGAGCAAGAAGGAAGCUUAUGUGGAGCUGCACAUGAAACACGUUGAUCAAAAACACGCUGCGGAUUUCUCCAGCGACGAGGAGGAUCAAGUGCAAGAAGAGGAGGAGGAAGAUCCAGACGAUACAGAAAUGCCCGACCCAAGUGGUUUGACUGAUGACGACCUCAGGGCUGCAUUGCUUGUGCACGGAGUCAAAGCUGGGCCCAUAGUCGCUUCCACCAGGGCCUUGUAUGAGCAGAAGCUCAGGAAAUUGCUUCAGUCUGAUGGACAUGACAAAAUGAAUGGAACAGAGAAAGCUGUACUGUACUCUGACAGUGAAGAAGAGGAGGAAAAUGGGGAAGAGGACGAUGAAGAAUCAGGUUCUGAAGGAGCAAAACAAGAAACUGUUGAACAGUCAGAAAAGACCCAGAAAGAGAGCCGCCAGGUGAGAGAAGUAGAGUUGCUUUUUCAGAAAGGUGGUUAUGUUUACCCGCAGUGUUUUUUACCCUCAUCAAGACUGCGUGCUCGUGCUUCCCGACACAGGGAACCUAGUACCAAGUGGAAUUCAGGGAAUGUGUUAAAAUCAUCAGAGCAGGGUCGGUCUAGGUGCUCCCAGAUUCCUGCAGGAAUUAGUAGAGCAUCCUCUGUUGAUCAACGCUCAGGAUUAGGAUCAGGGAUGGAGAGUCAGACGUCACUCUCUCCUAAUGUAGACACUGAGAGAGAGUUCAAUGGGAGCAAUGUUCAGGAGCAUUGGUCGCGGUCCAACAGGCUGGACAUGCCAGCUGUAGACAAGAAGAACCAUUCUGUGUACUACACUCCCGAGGCUUCCACUUAUGAAAGGAAAACAAAGCUUCCUCCGGAGCCUGUGAAAGAUAUUUACAAGGACUUGAUUCCAGACACUAAGACCACACUUACAGGGAUCCAUGCCACUCGCCGGAGACCAAUCAAGGGUGCAGCAGGGAGACCUAUCCAGUACGCAUAUCCAGAUACUCCUGCCAGUCCCACCACCCUGGAGAGGCGAGAGGUGGAGCGCCGCCUUGUACCCAUCCACAUACAGAUUUUGGUCUUCUUCAUUGUGGCGUCCCUCUUGUACUUCAUUUAUGCUUGUAUUGAAGACAACUCAUUCAAUCCGUUUGUGGCCUUAUUGGACAUUCUAAGCCAGGAGUCAGACAUCAAGGAGGGGCUUUUGCUUCAGGCUGAGACCCAGAACAGACCAGCACUCUUUGGACAGGAGUAAAACUCAGUUUCUACGGAUGUGAAGGUUGCUUUUUUUUGUUAAUGUUUCAGCUUUUACCAAGCCAGCUAUCCAUAAUGACUUUGGGAAACAUUCAAGGUGCACAUAUUCAUUUCAACACUUUUUUGUUGACUGUGUUUGUGUGUCUUUUUGGGAGUUUGUUUCUGUUUUCAAACCUCAAAGUCCAGUUUUACGGUUUUAUGUUACCAAAAAUGCUCUUGUUCCUGUAGUCAAAACAAUGGCAAAAGUACAGUGAUGCAAUCAAGACUUUAGAGAUCUGAAUAGUUUCUCAAAUGUAUAAAUAAUAAGGAUGUGGUUAUUUUUGCUAUUAACUAACCCAUAUUGUGUAAUGUUUUGGUGUCUUUUCAAUUAUUACAUGUCAGUGUACUGUUGUAUGAUGUGUGGUUUUUGUUUUUUAAUAUUUAAAACAUAUUUCAAUAAAGGA